AUGACAACACCAAAGUCAGAAGUUGAGGAAGAUGAUGGAGCCAGCAGUUCCACCUCGAGUCCUCAAAAGUCCCCCAGUAAGAUGAAGUGGGGAGAAGCAGAGGAGCUCACUGACACUGUGGUCAUCUCAGGAAUAUCAUGUCGCUUGCCAGGCUGCAACAACAUGGCAGAGUUCUUGAACAAACUGCUGAAAGGAGAGGAAAUGAUCAGUGACAAGGUUUCACAGGAUGAUCAAUAUGAUGGGGUAUUCAUAGAAGAGUGCCCACGUUGGGGCAGGCUGGACGAUGUCGAUAAGUUUGAUGCCCAGUUCUUUGGGAUCCCAGAGGAAAGGGCCAGGGUAAUGGACCCACAGCUCAGAAUUCUGCUGGAGGUUGUUAUGGAGGCACUUGUAGAUGCGGGACUGGAUCCAAGCUGCCUUGCGAGGGUGGGUGUGUAUGUGGGGACUGGGGAUUCCCAGGCAUGGGAGGCAUGGAGUUCCGACCCAGACAAGCCGAGGCCAGGGGUGAGGACUGGCUGUGCAAAACACAUGAUGGCCAACACUGUGUCGGAAGUGUUCCACUGGACUGGGCCCAGUCUUACCCUCCAGGGCAGUGAUGCUGCAGGCUGUUUGGCCCUUGAGCAAGCAUAUUCCAGUCUGAGGCAGGGUGAUGUUGAAUGUGCAGUGGUUGCCGGGGCAAGCAUUGCAUUCAAAAUGGCUGCAAACAUGUGGAUGACAGAACAUGGCCUUGGCUCAGACAUGCCGAAGCCUUUUGACAAAUCUGCCUCAGGAUUUAUUGGUGGUGAUGGAGUGGUUGCUAUGGUGUUACAGUGUCAUGAGACGGCCAAGAGGGUUCAUGCCAUCAUUGUAAACACUGAGACACAGGUCUCCAGGCCAGAUGAAACAGGUCUUUGCUACCCAAGCCUCCAGAGCCAGCAGCAGUUUCUUUCUGACUUCUAUGUUUCUCUGGAUGAAGAUGUUCACGAUGAGGUGGAGUAUGUGGAAGCCCAUGGUCUAGGUAUACCUGAUGUGGACAGGGAUGAAGUUGGGGCUCUUGCCAGGGUGCUGUGUCAGGACAGGGCGGGGCAGCUGCAGAUAGGCUCAGUAAAGGCCAGCACAGGCCACACAUUGUCUGUGUCAGUUUUGGUUUCAAUUGCAAAGAUAUUGGUUGCCAUGGGAAGUGGUAUGAUACCAGCAAACACAGAAUUUGCUGAAAACAACCCUAAAAUAUCUCCAUUAAGAGAUGGAAGAGUCAAAAUUGUAAAAGAAAACACAAGAAUGCAUCAUGGGUAUUGUGCAGUAAAUAGCCUUGGUAUGGGUGGCUAUCACAGCCAUACCCUCCUAUUGGCCAAUGAGAAAACCCGCGCACUGCAUUACAUGGCGUCACACUCCGCUCGACUGUGUGUGUAUCAAGGAGUUACAGAAGAGGGCCUGCAUAAGUUGCUUCAGUUCAUGUGCAACCAUUGUGAUGACUUCGAACUGCACAGCCUGUUGAAUGAAACCAGCCAGUUGGAAUUGACCUCGGGACAGAGCGGCCAGUACCCAUACAGGGGAUACUGUGUCCUAAACUCCGGGGCACCUGAGGUACAUGUAAAGUGCUUUUCAGCUCCAUUGCAUCAUCCAUUGUGGCUGGUGUUCUCAGGAGUGGGCAGUAUGUCUCCAGCCCUUGGGCGGUCACUGCUAGGUCUUGAUUUGUUCCACCAGUCAGUCCUAGAAAGUGGGGAGGUCCUUAAACAGUAUGACUUCAACCUGCACUGCCUGCUUACAGAGGGUGGUGACAACGCCUUUGAGGUUAUUCUCAACAGACAAGUUGCUCUUACAGUCAUACAGAUUGGAUUCGUGAGCCUGCUUAGAGAAAUGGAAAUUGUGGUAGAUGGUCUGCUUGGGUUGGGCAGUGGUCAGUUGGCUUGUUGCUACAUGGAUGGCAGUCUGACUGCCCGUGAAGCUAUACUUGCUGCAUACUGGUGGGGUCAUGCAUUGGAAAACUGCAAGAACAAGGAUCUUAAGGCUGCGGCAGAGGCAUUUAGGAGGAAUAUGAAAGGGAUUAUUCAGCCCAAGUCAUUUUCCAAGUGUUGGGUGCAUACAUCACAAUCAAAGGCUGAAACUUGUACCAUUGACUAUCUUGUGGAGAUCAUGUCUUGUGAAGCAAAAAGGGAACAAGCUAAAGAAGUUCCAAGCCAUGAUGAACACCAGCUAGAAGCCUUUAAACAAGUACCUAGACACGCAAUUGUCAUUGAGGUUGCAACAGGACAAGGGACUUCGAAAAAGAUACAAGAGUUAUUAGACAACCAAGUUACUGCUGUAAGCUUGAUGGAAAAAGGGAGUGAUGAUGAAGUUGAAAAUUUCUUCGAAAGUCUUGGACAGUGCUAUCUGGCUGGCCUGCAGUUUAACCCCCUUGGAAUAUUCCCCCCCAUGGAGUAUCCUGUCUCUCGAGGCGUCCCCUUGCUAUCACCCUUCUUUACCUGGGACCACGCCCAUUCCUGGGACGUGCCACACCAAGAGGACUUUCUUACUGGGGGACACGGACAAUUCAGCCAGACCAGCUUUCAGAUGUACUCUUAUACUUUAAACACAGAUGGCAAAUACAGUCACCUGCUGGAUCAUGUGAUCAGUGGUCGUCCAGUGUUCCCAUUGGCUGGUCACAUUCUGUUGGCAUGGAAGUGUCUAGCCCGUUACCAUGGUGAGCUGUUUGAACAAAUGGCUGUGCAGCUUGAAGGUGUACAAGUCCAUCGCCCAGUUAUCUUGCCUGACAAUGGAGCACUGCUAAGCAUGCAUGUCAGGGUGAUCCCCCUUGUUGGUGAGUUUGAGAUCACAGAAGGCCAGGAGCUGGUGUGUAGUGGGAGAAUCACACGCCUUGGGAAAUCCCUACCUGACACAUGUCUAGAUGCCCCACCCACAUCACCACUGAGGAAGCUGGAGAUACAUUUAACUCAAGAGGAGGUAUACAGGGAGUUAUGUCUGAUGGGUCACAACUACAGUGGAAAGUUUCAGGUGGUCACACAGGCAGACAACAAUGGAGAGAGUGGUCAGGUUACCUGGACUGGUGACUGGUUGACAUUUAUGACUGGAAUGAUACAGCUGAGCCUUCUUGGUGAACCAGUCCAUCGAUCUCCACACAUCACCAGACUUGGUCAGGUUUCCAUCAAUCCAGCUGUACACAGGGAUGGUGUGGAAUCUGGAGUGGCACUAGUACAUGUAAACAGAGGAUGCAACAGUGUUACCUCAGGAGGAGUAAAACUAGAGGGCGUGGUCACUGUGGUAGAACCAGUUUGUGUUGAACCUGCAAUAGACUGCAAAGAUUUUAAAGCAGUGCAUGUGACAAAGUCUGCAUACCUAGCCAUACCAAGAAAAGCUUCCAACCCCAGAUGGGUGUCCUCCUUGUUGACCUACCCCAGUUACCUUGGUAACAGUGAAGAUCAUGUGCUCUGCUAUCCCCGCUUCUGUACGAUAGGGGAGAAUGAUGUAGCCAUAGUGAGGGGUGGGUGGGGAAGGAACAUGAACCCCCAAGGCAGAGGACUAGUGGACUGGGAAGGACAGGGACUGGGAAAGAUGUUCAGUGGAUAUGACAACAGUGGAAAGAGGGUGAUCGGAUUUGUGCCUACAGGGGCAAUGGCCACCAAAGUGUAUGCAGAGAAGGUUCACCAGUGGCGGGUUCUUGAUUCUUGGAGCCUGCAGGAAGCCAGCACGGUGCCUCUACCAUAUUUCCAGGCUUACCAUGCCCUGGUGCAGAGGGCAGGGAUUGACAAGAAUAAGAGUGUACUUGUGGUAGGAUCAGGAGCUGAGGGUCGUGCAGGGGUGGCGGUGGCCAUGCAGUAUGCCUGCUCUGUGUAUGUGGCAGCAGAAACUGACAAGCACAAAAUUAUGUUACUGGAAGACUUCCAGGAUUUAAAAGAUUGGACAUUCUUAAAGCAGGAUAUGCACGGGGAAGUUUUGCGAAGAACCAAUGGACAAGGAGUGGAUAUAGUGUUCCACUGUGGUGAGCCAGGCAGCCUGCAGACUGUGUGCCCACUAGUAAGGGAUGGUGGGAGUCUAAUGCAGUGCCACACCACAGGAAAUGUACCAGCCGAUGAAGGUCAAGGGACGGUGCUUAUUAGCCUGCUACAGAGGAAUUGUCGCCUCUGUCACAUCAGUAUAGACAGGCUGGACAGGGAAAUUGAACAUCAUGCCGCUCUGCUGCUGGCUGAAGGUAUCGAUUCUGGAGCCGUGAGGCCUUUCUCUUCCAAAUUGUUUGAGGUGGAUAAGGUACAUCAGGCCAUCAGCUACAAGGAGGCCCAUCCUUCAGAUUCCGUGGUCUUGAAGCUAGGAGAAAGCAAGCCAGGUCCCCUGGAAGUGGAGGCCGUGACGCGCCUGUUACUUGCCCCGCACAAGGUGUAUGUUGUCCUGGGAGGCCUUGGGGAGCUGGGGCUGCAGCUGGCUCACUGGCUUGUACAGCGUGGGGCCAGGAAGCUCCUCCUUACAGCUGACUCAGGAAAAGAGACAGGAUACGAACAACGGAAACUUCGUGAGUGGAAGAAAAUGGGUGUUACAGUAAUGGUUUCUGAGAGAAUCACUGGUACCCAGUUCUGUGCAGUUGUGCUGAUAACUGAUGCCAAGAAACUGGGACCAGUAGGAGGAAUAUUUGAUAUAAAAAUGGGAGAGGAUUGCUACUCCAGGGUCAAAAACCUAGAAACUGUUGUGAGGGAUACAUGCAGGAGCAUCAACUGGUUUAUUGUGUUUAGGAGGGAUAGCCAGUCAACAGAACUGUUGGAAUGGUGUGAGGGCAAGAUCGAUGAAAAUUACAAAGUCCAAGUCAUUAAACUGGUUGACCAUCAACAAAUUGGAUGUCCAUCUCCUUGGCGACUACCACCAAAUGACCUUGAGGCAGCUAUGUUGCAGGACUGCACUGAAUGUGAUUUAUGCCUGGAUGCAGGGGGAACACAAGAAAGAAAGGCCAAAAAUGAAACCACCUUGGAGUGUUUGUGCAGAUUAUCAGGUGUGCUUGACAUGUCCAGUUUGGAAGGGUCCCUGAGCCUGAAUCAGCUGGGGUUAGACAUACUGGACAUUGCAGAGCUUAAACUGCAUGUUGACAAACUGGCAUGGUUCACAUCCCAAGAGUUGAAGCAUAUGAAGGUCGAAGAAUUGCUCGACUUACUGCCAGAAAGUACUGAUGAUAAGAAAAGUGAAGAGGAAACUGAGAACCACUCAAUGGCCGACUUGACUGAUUCAGACAACAAGAAGUUGAGGCCUCUCCUACCAUCUUUCAGUGACCAACAAAUGAUAGUUAAGCUGAACAGUUGGCCUCAACCUGCAAUGCCUGUCUAUAUUAUAUACAAUGAUGAGACUGUUUGGGAGGUGUUAGAGCUAGCUAGAAUGGUAAAGGCCCCAGUGUACGGCCUCCAUGUCACUGCUGACACACCCACAAUGUCUGUGAAUGCCCUUGCUGGAUACUUCCUGCAGAAUCUCUGCUUGAACAACAAUUGUGAACCAUUCAUUCUGAUUGGUCACAAGUUUGGUUGCCCUGUUGCCAUAGAGAUGACCUUACAACUAGACACAGAUGACCUUGACCUUGUGAAACAGCUUAUCUGCUUAGAGGGCUCACAGAUGUAUGUGAUGGCUGGGGAAAAUGACUGUGUCUCAUCAAAGGGGGAAUACGACAAAGAUGAGAUGGAAGAAAUGGCGUUGAUCUCGUUCUUACAGAGUUUUGAUGUUACUUCUGAAGAGGCUUUAGAAGUACUGGAGAAUUUUGAUGAUGAUGAUGACAACAUCAGCACUUUAUCCAAAAUGGCAGAAGUGAAGCAGUCUCCCAGAUUGGUCUCCCUUGGUCUAACCUCACCCCAGGUCCGUGAGGUCAUCACCCGCUAUGUCCAGCAGUAUAUGAACGUUUGCACCUUUAGGCCAACAGCUGGGACUGUAAAGGCUCCAGUCACAUUGAUCAGGGGCCGGCAGAACCAGAAAGGCUCCAAGAUGCCGGGGGAUUAUGGAUUGUCUAAGGUGUACGAGGGAGGGGUGGCAGUCCACAUUCUCAACACCCCACAUGGCACCGUCCUCCAAAAGAUGGCUGACGAAGUCAUGGCAACGAUCAACGCUACAGUGGAAAAGGCCAAGACAGCAGGCUAGAACUCAGAUUGUGACUUUAUGGUGUCUGUAUUGCAGACAUUAAAAGAAAAAACAUACUUUUUUUCAUGUCAAGACAUAUCAUUCAUUGGUUAAUUAAAAUGAUUGGAUUAAAACUUGAAUAAUUA